GAUAAAUGACAGCAAAGACUGAAAGGGGAGGAGUGAAGAGCCACAGAUGUGAUUCCCAUAGCAGUGAAGAAAGCCCUGUGAUGAGAGCCUUGUGGAGCUUGAUGUGUGAAGGGUUUGGGAAAAGAUGGGUAAUUUGCAUUAAUAUUUCCGCGGCAGGGGGAUUGUGGUGUAAUGGAGAAGAAACAGGCAAAAGAUUGAAGAAGUGGCUGCCAAAUCUGCCUUGGGAGAUUGCUCAUAUCUUGAUGGUAGUGAACAAACCUACCCACUAUGAAGAGCUUUUUCCAGGAAGUGUAGGUUGCUGUACCCUGUAUCCCCUGAGCAGCAGGCGCUCGCACAACAGUUCUCAUGCUACUUGCAAGCAGCGCAUUUGGAGGAGCCCCAGCAACGUGCACGGAGGAUGAACGAACCCUAUGGCCCUGAGGCACCCCGUCCCAUCAGCAGCACAUCUCCUGGCAUCAUGAAAAUGUUCAUGGGCUUCCUCACUGUAUUUAUUGUAGUGCAGACCGUUGGGACUGUGCUCUUCUGUUUGUAUCUUCACAUGAAGAUGGAUAAGAUGGAAGAGGUGUUGAGCUUAAGUGAAGAUUACGUCUUCCUGAAGAAAGUACAGAAAUGUCAGACAGCAGAAGGUCAGAAGUCGACAUUAUUGGACUGUGAAAAGGUUAUAAAGGGCUUCCAGAACAUCCAGUGCAAGGAUGGACCCCCCAAGGAGCAGCCCAAGUUUGAAAUGCAGAGAGGUCCUGAGCACCAUGAGCAUUCCCAUGUGACUCACAAGAACGAGACAUCUGUGGCAGCAGAGAAGAGGGAGCCAAUUGCAGUUCACCUGGCAGGUCAGCAGAGCAUCAAGGCAGGCUCAGUGCUGGAGUGGAGGGAGACCAUGUAUGGCCCCACAAACAGCUUGAUAUCCAACAAGGAGGGGAAACUGAAGGUGGAGGAAGCAGGGCUCUACUACAUCUACUCCCAAGUCAGCUUCUGCACCACGGAAGUGUCUUUGGCACCCUUCACCCUCUAUAUUUAUUUACAUAUCCCCAAGGAAGAGGACCGGCUCUUGCUGAAAGGACAAAACACACUGACCUCUUUGAAGACGCAUGAAGAAGAAAGACACUUGAAGACCGUCUGUGGACUCCAGUCCAUCCGUGUGGGAGGUGUCUUCAGCCUCCGAGAAGAUGACAUGGUCUUUGUCAAUGUGACAGACUCCACAAAAGUGAGGUACAGCCACGGCAACACCUACUUUGGCAUCUUCAAGCUGUAGUGAGGAAAGGGCUGUCCUGAGUUGGGAAUCCAGCUCAACUUUCUUGAACAAAGUGCCUUUCCCUUUUUCCCUUAUUUAUAUUCCUCUGCCUCUCUGUUUUUCUUAUUUCUUAAUUUGUAUAUUUUGUUAUUUAUUAAUGAGGGCCAAGGGGCCCUGAGAACACAAAUGGAACAAAGUUUGAAGCUGUUAUUAUUUACUUUCAGUUUUUUUUCUUUUGCAGCCAGUGAUUUGGUACAUGCUGGUGUUGUGUGUCUGGGUCCACUACAUCCCACAUUCCUGGCAGGGUUGAUGUCCCUGUUAUGUCAUAAGAGCUUUUUUUACCAAACUCUGCCAUCAAUGUUUCUUUCCUAGAAACGUAGGAUGGCUCAGGGUACUUCAGCCAAGCUAGGUGCAUGCAUAUCUCUGGUUCCAAUCUGCUUACAAACGUCAAUGGAAAAACAUUUAAAGGCUUAGGAACAUCUUCUUUAAAGGAAUCAGUAAGCCCAGCACUGAUAGCUGCUGGUAAGGCAGUGUUGCCACCCCAGCUGUCGGCUGUAUCUGGAGAACCCCCUUUUUUCCAUCCAUGCCUGUCUGUGAAACUCAACCAACUUCCUCAGGGUGGCACUGCCUUGGCUGGGUUCAUACUUGGUGACAAUCGCUCCACACCAGAGGGGUGACUGGUGGCUGAGGGAGGACUGCAGAUUUCAAGGCAGAGUUUCUAGGGCACUAGUGGUGGUCUGCUCUUGGUGACCUGAAUCAGUUCACCAGACUGUCCUCCCACCUCUGCAGGCAGAGGACCCUUUGCCUGUGGACAGUUUCACUACCCUGUGGAAGGGGCACUGGGCACCACCAUCAAAACUGGAACUGCAUCUUCUCCUGAGACCCCUCCUACCCAAGGAGGAGGACCAGGAAACCUGCCAGGGGGUGGCAGGACCACCUACUUCUUCCCUCCAAGACACAUGUGCAGAGCAUCUUCUGAUUGUUCUCAGUGAGGACGUGUCCACAGGGGCAUUUUUCCUGGAGCUCCAGGAGAGCAGGACUGUGCAGAUGCCCCCUUGGGCAGGGGGUACCUGGGUGACACUGCACACUAGGGUCUUCUCAACCCUAUUCUCCAGCUUGGUCUGCAGGGAGGAUGAUCAGAGCACAAGGACAUUGAUUCCAUUUUAAAAAACCUUUGAAGAUGACACAUGUGACAAGCCUGGGGUUUUUGGUUAUACCGGUCACACUUAGACUGUCAAAGUUUGGAAAUAAUCUUGGAUGCCAACAAGUUUGCAAAUGGAAGAGCUUCUAGAUUUGGACAGUCUUUAGGCUUUGUUGUGCUGGAGGCUGCAGGUCUAGUCCUAACAUAGUGCCCAAAUGGCACCACUGGUGGGACAGAAGGGGCGUUCUUUGCACAGCUCAUUGCAGAGCUCGGUGCCCAGCACAGCCUCCUUCAAAAUCAGUAGAGCUCAGGGACUGUUUGGUUUCACAAUGAUUUAGUAAGUAUUUUUUGGAUGUUCUCCAAAACUACCUAACUUUUUUAGGGGAUGGACCACUCUUGUCUGACAUCUUGUAUGAAGACUAUUUAACUAAACCCAUCUUAUAUUUGUAACCAGAGAGACUGAGUGCCAGAGGACUGUGCAUUAUGCUGUGUUUUGCAGCAUAAUUCAGGGUUCAUGGUUCCCCCUUCCACAGUGUGGGGUUCCUUCCACUGAUCACCCCACAAUUAAUACAAUUUAUGGAUUCAGACAUAGGUGGCUCUGUAUGUUUUGAACACUGCUCACCCUUCUCAAACCCAGGCUGAGAUUUCACAGGGUCCUGCUGGGUGUCUGGAGACCAAGAGGGCAGUGGGGUGGCACUGGGGGUCACAGUGGGGACAACCAGUCCCAGAAGCCUCCAGGGCCUCACCACCCUCAUAGAGAAGAAUGGCUUUCUAAUAGCCCAUUUACCCUGCCCUCUGGAAGUUUUGGACUUCAUUGUUUUUCCAUGAUGCACCCAAGGCUACUGUUUCUUUUUUUCCUUGUUCUUUUUCCUACUCUGAAGGCUGUGUUUGGGGAAGGAGAGGAGGAUCCAGCCUUCCUGCCCUUGAUCCACCACUUCUGCUGUGGGCUGAGACCACAGACCAUGGCAUAUCUCCACCAAAGAGUUAAAAAACUCCCAGCCUGCAGGAGACGUCCAAGUGGUGGUAGACCAAAGGAAAUCCUGUCACCACACCUAAUUGCCAGAAAAAAACACACACUAACUAAAAAAAAAAAUAAAAUCUCAAAGAGGCAGGAAGUCACUUAUCUACAGCAACUGCCUGGUGCAGCAGAGCAGUCUGUUUUCCAUAAAGCAUCCUUGUGAAGAGAAUGCACGUGGGGCCUGAGGGAUGGAAAUGCAUCUCUUGUCCCGGGACCAGGUGCCCUUGGCCUACUGCAGGUAUGGAUGAUGAUGGGAGCAACAGUCCAAGUGCCAGCACCACCUUUCACACCAGUAUUUCCACCAGAAAAUCAGAGAGGUAUGAUGCUGCCAUGGCAUUUUGAGGAAAUCAGUGAUGCACAGAGCAAGCACUGUCUUUGCUUUCAUGGCAGAAAGACAGGAAGCAGCUCCAAGGGCUAAGAAGUGACUUUUAUCCUUUAUUUGUUGAAAAUGUCAAUUAAAAAACUGUUCAAAAUAAAAACAUGUUAGAAAAGUUGAACUUGCAUAAGUAGUUUACAGUAAAUAAACCUACAUGACAAAGAUACACUGGAAGGCAGCUGACACAACAUCCAUCUAAAGACAGACUCACUGGAACCUAUUUACAAAGCACUGUAAACAAAGUAAAUAUGGAAACAUUGCUGUCCAUCUGGCAUGGCUUCUUUUCCUUUUUAUUUUAUUUUCUUGUCUUUUUUUGGCUUCUAGCUCUUGAGAAACGCUUGAUCCAAAAAGUCCCAGUGUGCCCUGCAUCACAUUACAUCUCACAAACAUGCAUAUGUACAUAGCAUGGGUUCCAACUGAGCCUGGGGGCAGUGAGGACACAUUUCCACCCUCUCCCUGGAGUGUCAGUGGCCUUGGUUUUCUCUGCAUGUCAGCAGCCUAGUCCCCAGGCCAGCUUGGAGCAGGCAGCAGGGCCAGGCAGUACCCAGGGGUCUGGGCAUGGCCUCCCCAAGCAGCAGUAAGUGCAGCAAAGGUCCUACGCCUGGAAAACAAUUCACAAGCACAGCAGGGCUUGACUGCUGACCAAAUCACUCAGCUGUGUGCCCAGGAGGGAUGUGGGGAGCUGCCAUCUGGCUGAGCUGCUUUGGGGAUGGCAAAUGUAGCCAGACCUCUGUUUUGCCCUAGAAAUAGAAUUUGCUCUAGAAAUCCUUUAAAGAGGGUUUCUUACUUCACUCCUUGAGAUGUUUUGGAGUCUAUAACUCCUGAAACACCAUUUGCAAUGUCCUGGCUGAAUUUUAAUGGCAAGGAGAGAGUUGUAAUUAUUGCCUCUGUUAUGUCCUUCACAACCAACAUAAUGGUGUGACUGUAAUGAGCUGUGGUGCCUCUGCACACCCUGGGACCAUGCUGCCCUGUGAGAUAAAUAAGACAUAAUUAACAGAAGGUUAUUUUUAUAAUGCUGUUAAGGAAGGAAGGAAGGAAAACACCAGUUCUAAACUAGGGUAUAACACCAAAUAAGAUAAGGAGAGCUGAUACAUAUGCAUGUUGCCUGUAUGCUGUGUUCAAGGAGCUGUGCAGGAAUCUGUGAGAGUGUUGUACAUCCUUGCCUCAGGAGCGUUCCAGCUCUUGUCAAAGCAUAAAUACCUUCCCUAUCUCAAGAGAAAGUUCCUUUUCCCUAGCAGAAAGUGCCUGUGGGGCGAUGUAGGGAGAAGUGGCCACUGGCAACAUUCCCAACCUUUGGGAAGGAGUGAUGGAAAGCAUGGAGAGGGCAGAAGGGAGCAGGGGACCAGCACAUUUGGGGUUGCUUUUUUUGUCAAGCAGUGUUUACAUUUCAUAUGGAGAAAAGCAUGUCCUGCAAGAGGAAGCACAGCAAAAUUAUCAUCUCCUAGGAUACCUGGACACUCAAUGUGAAAACAAAGCAGGGGAGAGGAAUUCUACAUCAUGUGUAAGAAAAGGGAAGGGGGCAGAACAGCAGUUACCUGUUGUGCUAAUCACGAGCUGUAAGGAGGCAUCACUGUGCAAAAUACCUUCCUAUGUGCUCUGACAGGUGCUCUAGAUCUGGCUUCCCCCAAGGAGUUCAAACAUCUUCAUGUUAAUUGCACAUUUUAAUCAGUAUCAAGGCCACACAGGAACCACAGUAUUGCUGGGCUCUAGUUCGCUACAGUCAACUAAUGGGGAGAAAGAAGACGGACGGGAAAAGCUUCCUCAGUUGUGAUUAUCUGAAAAGAGGAGCAUGUUGCUUUUUUGGUUUCUGCUCAAUACCACCUCAGUAACGUUUUCAUUCAAUAAAUAGGUACUGGUGCUUUUGGAAAGAAUGAAAGCAUUAAAAAGUGCUUAAGCUUCUUCUAGGAAACUGCUGUCCAAGCCUUUGUGAGCAACAAUCACUAGCAGAGUUUGUAUUUGCUCCCAGUAGCAGGUACAAUGAGGUAUUAGUUGCUGCAGAUGAAUUGUGAAUCAUGGACUGCUUGCUUACUGGUUCCGUUGUGAUUGAUUGUUUCUGCUUUAUUUCCUUACUGGAUGGAAGAAAAACUAUUUUUUCUCUAUGACUUUUUUGUUGAGGGUUUUUUUUUUUUUUUUUUGGUAACAAAAUACCCCAAACCAACAAAAUAAGGAGCAAAAAGAGGCAAAGGAUCCGGUUCCACUUCCCAAAAAUACACCUGAGGUCACACACCACUGCCAGGAGCUUCUCCAUGAAUUCAAGCAAUCAGAGAUGACUUGCGCCCGGUGUCCUCCCUGCCACACUCAUCUGUCUGUUUCAG